AUGUGGAGUCGUGUUUUUAUACUCUGCGCGUGCGUUUGCGCAUACUCAGAGUCACGGGUUGUAAACACGGCUCAGGGUCCAGUCAAGGGCUACCAGGAUGGCAGUGGGCUGUACAUCUUCUAUAAUAUUCCAUAUGCGAAGGCUCCAACGGGAAAAGAUCGAUUUAAGGCGCCAUUACCAGCCACAAAUCGAUCUUACGUUUUAGAAGCCAUAAAUAAAGGAAUAGUAUGCCCUCAAUCAACAGAACUCUUUUCUAUGUACAACGAAACAAUAACAAUAACAGAAGACUGUCUUAUCGCAAAUAUAUUUGUGCCGGAUACCAAGAAGACUAGUUUACCAGUGAUUGUCUAUGUACACGGCGGAGCCUUUAUCCUUGGACAAGGGAAUUUCCUAACGUACAAACAGUUUGCUAAAACGAAUGAUAUUAUAGUGGUCACUUUCAACUACCGUCUAGGAGCCCACGGAUUUCUAUGUAUGGGAACAGAUGAUAUCCCCGGUAACGCUGGGAUGAAAGACCAAGUAGCUCUUUUACGCUGGGUUAAAGAAAAUAUAGCAAAUUUCGGAGGAGAUUCAGAUGAUGUAACAAUCGCUGGCUAUAGUGCUGGAUCUGUGGCUGUUGAUUUGCUGAUGUUGUCGGACAUGGCAAAGGGAUUGUUCAACAAAGUGAUACCUGAAAGUGGAGCAAAUACAGUCGCAUGGGGCGUACAAACAGAUCCAAUGAAGAAUGCAAAAGAAUACGGGAAAUUACUCAAUUUCACAGUGGAUGAUGUAUAUUCCCUUGAAGAGUUUUACAAAACCGUUUCAUAUGAAAUUCUGACGUCAAAGCAAUUCGAUCUCUUCUCUCGUCCAGAUUCAACAUUCCUACUCUCUCCAUGUGUUGAACGUAAUACAGAGGGAGAGGAAUUCCUUAUAGAUAGCCCAGUAAACAUCCUGAAGAGCGGAAGAUACAAUAAAGUGCCAAUCUUGUAUGGAUUUGCUAAUAUGGAGGGGUUGCUUAGGACGAAUCUAUUUGAGGAAUGGAAAAAUAAGAUGAACGAAGACUUUACUGAGUUUCUGCCUCCAGACCUUCAAUUUAACAGCGAAGAGGAAAAGAAGAUCGUUGCGAAUAAAAUAAAAGAGUUUUACUUCGGUGGUAAGGUCACUGACGAAAAUACUCUUAGUUAUGUGGACUUCUUCUCUGAUGUCCUAUUUACAUACUCUACUUUGAGAGCUGUUAAGCUGCAUUUGGAGGCUGGUCAUGAUAAAAUAUAUCUAUAUGAAUAUGUUUUCGUUGACGACGAUGUGCCGGUCGUCCUACAUACGAACGUACGAGGUGCCACGCAUUGUGCUCAAUCCGUUGGCGUAGGUGAUGGCAAUUUCACUCAUGCCGAUGAUGAGCCCUUUUCACCAGAGACAAGAGAAAUGAAGAAAAUUGUCCGCGAACUUUGGAGCAAUUUUGUAAAAACUGGGCUACCAGUACCUGAAGGUUCAAACUUCCCAUCAUGGCCACCAGUUGGCAAGGGCUGGUCUCCACACAUGGAGCUGAAUAACCCUCUUCAGCUAAAAGGUUCGCUUCUAAAAGAACGAACAUUAUUUUGGGACGAAAUCUACGAAAAGUACUAUCGCCACCCAUCACCACCACAAAAUAUUGCAAAAAGAUUUGAACUUUAA